AUGCUGCUCGGCGAUCAGCUGUUCGAGGCGCCCAUCAAGAAGCCGCCUACCAAGGUGCUCGAUGUCGGCACCGGCACCGGCAUCUGGGCCAUCGACAUGUCCGACGCCUAUCCGUCUGCCGAGAUCAUAGGAACCGACAUUAGUCCCAUCCAGCCGACGUGGGUGCCGCCGAAUUGCAUAUUCCACCUCGAGGAUGCGCAGCUCGAAUGGACGUAUCCGCCGGAGUCGUUCGAUUUCAUCCACAUCCGGGCGCUCUACGUCCGCGACGACCCCAAGCACAUCUUCAAGCGCUGGUCAGAGGUGUUUACCGAGGCCGGCGAGCGCAUGGGGCGGACGCUGCUCAUCGGCACGGGCGGCAGGAUGCGCAAGCUGAUGCAGGAGGCGGGUUUCGUCGACGUGGUCGAGAAGAACUACAAGGUGCCGAGCGGCCGUUGGAGCAGCGAUCCCACGAUGAAGCAGAUUGGCGCGUACAACCUCGCCUUCCUCGACGAGAGCCUCGAGGGCUUCGCGCUCUUCAUGCUCAAGGAAAUCAUGGGGUGGGAGUACAUUGAGGUGCAGCUUUUUGUCGCCGAGAUGCGCAAGGCCAUCAACAACCCCAAGAUCAGACCAUACUACAUUCUUACGAAUGUCUUUGCACGGAAGCCCGAUGUCUGGGAACAUUGA